UGUCAAAAAUGAAAACAUCUGAUUUCUGAUGACGAUAUUGUGAUUCGAAAAUGUCUCAACAACAUUUAUCAUCCGAUCAAUCAUUGAAUCCGAAAUCUAAUGAUGAUGAUGAUGAUGAUGUUGAAUAUCUUAUCGAUCAGCUAGCAGAUUUAAUUUCGAAAAAUGAUGUGGAUAAAAUUACGGAUAUACAACGAAGUUUAUUAAAUCAAUUUGAAAAAUCCAAUCAAAUGCUUGUCUAUUGUAAUGAACUUUCUAAUCAACAUUAUCUUAAAUUAUCAAAAGAUUUUCGUUCACAUACAACAAAAUUGAAUGAAAUGUAUAAAGAUUUGGAUAUAAUAUUUCAUCGAAUUCGAAUGAUCAAACAAAAAUUAAAAGAAAAAUAUCCCGAUAUUACAAUCGAAACGCUAAAACAAAGAAAUCUUGAUGAUGAUGAAUCAAAUACCGUUGAAGAAAUGGUAGAAAAUUCAACACUUGACAAUCGAACACCAACAACAACAAACGAAGAAAUUUCGAACGAUUCCGAAACAAAUAAUCAAUGUCAAAAUAAUAAGUGAAAAUUUUGGAGAGAAAAAAUCGUUGAUUUUGUUAAAAAUUAUUAUUGUCAUUUGAUCUUUAUUUACUAAUUUGAUUU